GAGUGAUGUGAGAAGAAGUUUCAUUCAGAAGCUGAAGACAGGAUGGCUGCGACUACUCUUCUCUCCACAGUUCUGGUGCUGCUGGUCACAGGGACCCUCUGCAAUAGAGAAUGCGGAAAGGUCCAUAUAAGCUGGUAUAAGUAUGAGUGAUGUGAGAAGAAGUUUCAUUCAGAAGCUGAAGACAGGAUGGCUGCGACUACUCUUCUCUCCACAGUUCUGGUGCUGCUGGUCACAGGGACCCUCUGCAAUAGAGACCCAAUCAUGCUGACGGUGGCUAAUGGCUUCAGACAUACCAAUCAUACCUACUCCACCUCUGUCGCUCCUGGGGGGGUCCUACUGGGAGCCAUGAAGCAGCUACAGAAGGACAAUUCCUCUUUCAAUUUUACCACCAAAGAAAACCUGGACUACAGCCCCUUCCUGGUGAGUGUCAACGGGUUGGCAGGAAAUGAGAAAGACCGCACCUACUGGCAGCUCCGGGUUGACUAUGUGAAUGGGAGUUCAACCGUGGCUCAAGUGGGUGUUGGUUGCUACAUCCCCAAACGCAAUGAACACAUCCUCCUGAACUUCACCACAUACUAAUACGAUGCACUGAUGAGUCUAUGCACAGACAGACCAAAGCAAUAUUCACAUGGGCCAUGUUUAUGACUUUGUGACUGGCCCAGUGUUUGAU